GGUGCAGAAGGUGCACGUCAGUGCACCAGUGCACGUGUGGAAAACGCACCGAGCGACAAGGCAUGUCUUUAGAAAGAAUACUUUUCAAGUAUCUUUUCUUUAGUUUAGUGAUUUCACGAGAUGAAUAAAAGAAAGCUCGACGACGAGACCGAUGCCGCUCCAGCGAAUGCUGAGGUCAAGAGGGUUCUGUCUCGUUUCAAAUCGGACACCGGGGAGGUUCUGCCUGGUGGCCUGCUGGACCUACCAGUUGAUGUCACAGUAGAUAAACUACAGGCGAUCUGCAAUGCUCUGCUGCAGCAAGAGGAGCCUUUACCCCUAGCAUUUUACGUAAAUAAUGUAGAAGUUACAGACGUAUUAGAAAAGUACAUCAACAAGGAUUUCAGCAUUAGCGAGGAUGUUGUAGAGAUUGUGUAUCAGCCACAAGCGGUAUUUAAAGUCAGAGCUGUCACGAGAUGUACCGGAUCCUUAGAAGGUCACAAGGAAGCUGUUAUAUCAGUUGCAUUUUCGCCAGACGGCAAACAUCUAGCCAGUGGUUCCGGUGAUACUACAGUCAGGCUAUGGGAUAUCUACACACAAACACCGCAUUAUACAUGUGAAGGACAUAGACACUGGGUCUUGUGCAUUUCCUGGUCACCUUGUGGCACCAAGCUGGCCUCUGCAUGUAAAAAUGGAUUGAUUUACUUAUGGAAUCCUGAUACUGGCAGACAAAUAGGAAAAGCCAUGACGGGACACAGAAUGUGGGUGACAUCUCUUUGCUGGGAACCUUAUCACAAAAAUCCAGAAUGCUUACAUUUAGCCAGUGCCUCUAAGGACUGUGAUAUACGAAUUUGGGACACAAAAAGAGCACAAACCUGUCGGGUUUUGUCUGGUCACACAAGAAGCGUGACCUGUAUCAAGUGGGGUGGGAGUGGUCUUAUUUAUUCCGCCUCUCAAGACAGGACUAUCAAAGUGUGGAGAGCGGAAGAUGGUGUAUUGUGUAGAACCCUAGAAGGCCAUGCUCAUUGGGUAAAUACUUUGGCACUGAAUGUCGAUUACGCGCUCAGGACUGGCCCUUUUCAGUUGGGAUCGACUGAAAAUAAAACGGACAGUCCGUUAGAAUAUGCAAGAAAGCAAUAUGAAUCUGUAGGUGAAGAGAGACUUGUGUCUGGAUCUGAUGAUUUCACUUUGUUCUUGUGGAAACCUGAAAAACAGAAGAAACCUAUAGCAAGAAUGACAGGCCAUCAACAGCUUAUCAAUGAUGUUAAAUUCUCACCGGAUGGUCGUGUAAUUGCGUCUGCAUCCUUUGACAAGUCUAUUAAAUUAUGGGACUCUAAUAUUGGGACAUAUAUUACUUCAUUAAGAGGUCACGUCCAAGCAGUUUAUUCGAUAGCAUGGAGCGCCGAUUCUCGUCUGCUGGUCAGCGGUAGCGCGGAUUCAACUUUAAAAGUUUGGAGCAUGAAAACUAAAAAAUUAAGUCAAGAUUUGCCCGGUCACGCUGAUGAAGUUUAUGCGGUCGAUUGGUCACCCGAUGGUUUACGAGUUGUUUCAGGUGGAAAAGAUAAAGUUUUACGACUGUGGCAAAAUUGAAUAUAUAUAUAUAGAAAAACA